CAUCACAUUUGCCAGCCAGCUCUGGGUGUAAUGCCUCAGAGCUCUCCUCAGCUCUCAGCGCUCUGCUGCUCCGCACGCUGCAUCAGCUGAUCAGUCACGUGCUCUGGAAGUCGCGAGUCACCCUUUUGCAAAAUGGAGUUGUCUGAGUCUGUGCAGAGGGGGCUGCAAUCUCUAGCCGAGCCGUCCGCCUUCGACCAGAGCAGCUACAGGGUAUUGGUGGACGUGUCCUUCCGGAGCCUGCUGUCCGCUGAAGCCGAGCCCGGAGUCCUCGAUCAGCCCGAGCUGAAGCACGUCGACCAGAUACUGCUGAAACAGAGUCACACCGCAGCGACCACCUUCAUACUGGAGGCAGUCAAGCACAACGCGGACAGGUCAGCGAUAAGCUCCUGCCUUGAAGAACUUGCAUUCAGUGCAGAGAGAAUAGAAAUAUUCUAUAGCACACACCAGAAACAUAAAAAGGAGCUGGAGCGUCUGUUAGCAAGUCUUGUCUGUCCCAUCUCCUCUAGCAUAGGAAGGUGUCCACCUCGGAUUAACGACGCGUCGUGGCGUCUACAAUACCACGUGAAGAACGAUCAGGUUGACAAGGUCAACGAGCCUUUCUAUUUGAUUUCAUUGAACACUGAGAAUGAAGGAUCCGAGGAAGAUAUCAACUUCACCUGCACAGUGGAGCAGCUACAGGACUUGGUGGGAAAGCUCAAAGACGCUGCGAAGAGUGUGGAGAAAGCCAGUCAGAUGUGAUGCCGGGGUCCAGUCUCCUCGCCCUCUCUGCACCGCAAAGCACUGAACUCCAGCGGCAUUGCUCAUCUCUUCAGAGCUUCUUUUUUUGUACCUGAGAUUGAAAGACGUGUAUGCAUGUGAGACAAUUAUCAUUCCAACGUGUGCGUUUCAAUUAAAACAGAAAAAAAAAAAAAAAAUC